AUGUCAACAACGGCCACAUCCAACGGGUCCAUGACCUCGCAGGUCUUAAGAGCCCGAGCGAUCAAAUCGCUGCAGGCUGCCAAUGAGCAGCUGGGCAAUUCUACUUCUAUUCUAGAGAAAGAAAUUGUAGAUUCAAGCGGCGCAUCAACACCAAUUCCAGACGACGCACCACCUUCCGUUCGAUCCAUAUCAACCGCCCGCAAACAAGUACGGGCAAGACGUCGUCUGUUCCAUACGAUCGAUUAUGUCCCGCGAGUAUCUCAUUUCGACCCCCAAAGCGACUACCAUAACUUCCGCGGCUUCUUUACGCUGUUCUGGAUUGGAUUGUUUAUAAUGGUGGUUACUACAGUACUGCGCAAUAUCAAGGAUACUGGAUAUCCAUUGCGAGUAAAGGUCUGGAGUUUAUUAACUGCCAACGUAUGGCAAUUGGCCAUUAGCGAUCUCGCAAUGGUAGUCAGUUCGGGGUUCGCAUUGCCUUUACAAAGAUUGACUCGGAGUGGUGGGAACCUACUUCGCUGGAACAGAUCAGGAAUCUUGACUCAAAGUCUAUACCAGAUUGGAUGGCUCACUUUGUGGAUCAAGUGGCCAUUUAUGUUGCAUUGGACCUGGACCGCCCAAGUUUUCUUCACACUACAUACGCUGACAAUCCUGAUGAAAGUCCAUUCGUAUGCCUUCUACAAUGGCCAUUUGAGUGAGACCGAGCGUCGGCUUUCGGAACUCGACAAACCCGGUCAGGGAUCAAUGGCGGCCGCUGUGCGAUACCCAAGCUCCCCAACACGAGCAGAAACCAUGAAUGGCAUCUUUGAUUUCAGAAAAGAAGAACCGCUGUCUAGAUUGCGUGACGAUCUGGCGACGGAAUUGACCUCACCUUUGGGGCAGGUGACCUAUCCUCAGAAUCUCACCCUCGGCAACUUCGUGGACUUUCUCUUUUGUCCCACACUCUGUUACGAGAUUGAGUAUCCCCGUACACCGACCAUACGUUGGACAGAAGUGUUCCUCAAGUCACUGGCUGUCUUUGGCUGUAUUUUCCUCCUGACGCUGACCAGUGAGGAGUUCAUCGUCCCGGUCCUCAACGAAGCAAGCAUCAGCCUCUCCAGCGUUAGCACUUGGUCAGAUCAAGCUCUCAUCCUAGCCGAAACUACCAGCAUGUUACUUUUCCCCUUCAUGAUUACAUUCCUGCUCGUGUUCCUCGUCAUCUUUGAAUAUCUGCUCGGCGCAUUCGCAGAAAUAACUCGCUUUGCCGAUCGACGCUUCUACUCGGACUGGUGGAACUCGUGUGACUGGCUAGAAUUCUCCCGAGAAUGGAACAUUCCCGUCCAUCACUUCCUACGCCGACAUGUCUACUUUUCGUCAAAAUCAUAUUUCUCAGCUCCCGUUGCCAUGUUUAUCACUUUCCUUGUCAGCGCGCUUGCACACGAGCUUGUCAUGAGCUGCAUUACGAAGAAAUUGAGAGGAUAUGGGUUUUUGCUAAUGAUGUUGCAAUUACCUAUUAUUGCGAUUCAGAGGACGCCGUUGAUUAGACAGGCAAAGACUUGGAAUAAUAUUGUAUUCUGGUUCUCUAUGAUUCUCGGACUGUCGAUGAUGUGCGCCUUAUACGUUCUAGUCUAG